AUGGCUGAUUCCACACCAUACCUGGCACUAGCCAAGGUCCCCGAGUGGCUCCCUGGCGCUGGCUUCAAGCGCCUAGCACGCGAGUGGUGCGACACUCCCGAAGAGAUGGCUUCUGCACCCUAUAAGUUCAUCAAGGAUCAGAUGGUGACCAACAUGUUUAGCCGUACCUUGUCUGCGGAAGAGGAUUACACUGUGAAAUGGUUUGCUGUAUCUGUACACGGUGGUGGUUCUGACACGGCUAACACCCCAAGCUUGAGGUCCAGCAACGCCUCCCUCAUGCACCUCGCUGCAGUCUUAUAUUCACACUCAGCUGCGCUUCCUCAGAUGACCUGCAAUGAUUCAAACCUGUGGAAUUCGACUCUGUCGACUAUCAACGAGAGCACUACGGGAUAUAUUCUCAAACCAUCGUGGAGGCUCUCCAUCAUGACCACAGGAAGAUGGUAUGUAUGGGAUGCUGCUUCGCAACUGUAUACCAUGUGCUGUCUGAGGCGGUCGCAAUCAGUUCGAGAUACCAGCAUCAUCUCAUAG